CUACUCCAUUAGAUAAAAUAUUCUAUAUCUAAACUUCAUUUUUCUUUCCCAAAAAGGAAGUUAAUUUGAAUUCCAUGUAAAAAAGCAAAUAAAUUUAUAAUCAAAGUUGGGAUAUAGAAAGACAUUUUCAGACUGAACAACAAAAAUGCCUGAAAUUGUUGUAUAUGUUUGGCGCCCAUCUGGAGAUUAUGUCGGCCAUAGCUCCUUGCAAUUGAGUGAUGGUACCUAUAUUAGUUGGUGGCCUGAAGGAGAGUGUGAUCAUAAAAAUCCUCGAGCAAAAGCUUCGCCUAUGGAUUCACUUGAACAAGAUAUUGAGGCAGAAGGCGAUAGAAAGCCUAAUGUAUACAAGAUCAAAGUAUCAAAUGAAGAGCAAUAUGCUAUCGUUCAGUGGUGGACAAACUUCAAGGGGAAGGCAGACUACCAGUUCGUUUCAAACAACUGCUCAACAGUACUUUACUACGCACAAGAAGCUGCUUUCCCGUUUCUGUCAAAGCUGAAUGAUGAAAUUCCAGUAUGGGUACCAGGCGCUAUUGAAAUGGUAGCUGAAGAUUUGGCUGCUGGGAAAAGAAGUUUUGACCGAAAAAGAAUCGAUGAAAUCAAAAAGGCCGUGGCAGAUGAAGUAGAAAGAUUAUCCGGUGGAUCAAAGAAAGUCAACAGAUUCACAAUUGCCGUCACUGGGAGGAAGUAAAGUUAAUUUUGAAAGAGUAAUAUCAGUAGUUAAAAAUGAACUACACAAAUACUUAAACAAAGUGUAUUGUUUAAUUAGACAUAUUUGCCUGUGCAUUCAUUAGUAAAGAACAAAGUUUUUCAUCUUUUAUUUCGCCUUUGAUUUUGACAGUUUUGAACCAGACUAUAAAGAUAUCAGUUUUAUGUGUACCUCUUAAGAUAUAUUACCUUUAAAAGAUAUUUUGCUCAUUUUUCUUUGUCAAAUUGAGUUGAAUCAGAAAUAUAUUUUCAAAAUAUU